AUGACAUCCCAGCUGCCCGAUAUUUCAGAGCGGCCGACACCGUCGCCGACACCGUCGACACCGCCGUCGACACAGCCGGAGAACCAGGGCCAGCCCUCGUCUGAAAGACCUCCGGUGCAGCCCCCGUCUGAUGACAUUAGGACGAGGCCGCCCGAGUCCACGCUGCCGCCCCAGUCAGAAACUAUCACGAAGCAGGCUACCGCUACAGUCCGAGCUCCUGAGCCUCCGAGGGUCACAUUCUCCAACGAUCUCAUUGAACAAAAUCGUUUCCGAAGAAUGUUCACGUCGAAACAAAAAUUGGGACCACAAAGGACCAACCCUCUGCCUCGUGUGGACGCAACGCCUGCCCCCGCAGAACCGCCUACUCCCGAGUUCAUCUGGGGCUAUGAAAACUUACCCCGGGAAAAUUGGCCCGGGAAGAGAUAUAUGCCUCAAUGGAUGACUAGCGUGAACUACAGGCAGAAUCUGAAGGAUGCUUCAGAAGCCAUGGGUGCGUGUGCCGCGGCACUUGCCACAAACCAACAUUAUCAAGUCUACCCAAAGACAGUCGCGUCUCAUUUCCCAAUUUUACGCACCAGAUUCACGGACGACGGAUUGCAAGAGAUUCAGAGUUCCGACGUCAACAAAAAGUUCAAAACCCGCCAAACGCUGCCCUAUUACGCGGCUCUUUUUGCCAGCAGACAUGACCGUGAAGACGGCGCAUGGCAUUGGUGGGCAAUUGCUUCAAUUCGUGAACCUCAUCCCCAGGAUACCACCGUCCCGGAUCCCGGAGUACCGCAACAUCUACUUGUGUAUGACUCACUACCUCUGCCGAAGAUUGAGAGAUGGGAAAGAGAUCGAAAGAUUGGUUUACGUAACUUUCUUCGAAAGGAUCAGUGCCACAUGUUGGAGGAGAUACACCGGGAAGUUCCGAUUCAGCAUAUUUUUCUCAACACGAGGCGUCUCACCGCCGAUGUGGAUGAUCCCCUCAUGGAGACUCUGUGGUGGAUCUGGAAUGUGGCCAAUCGUGGUGACGUUCCCUGCGAGAUGGGAACAGAACUCGACGAUAUCCGCAUGAGGGUAGUCGAAGCGAUCACUCUCAAAUUUGCGGUGCGAGAAGGGGAACAGGGGAGAGAUAGACACCGAAAGUUGAUCUUACAGACGAUCAGACGAAGGCCUUGGAAUGGGAAGGAGGAGGCUUCGGCCAGCUAG